AUGUCGGAUUCGGGUGCAGCGAAUUUUACGUCCGGGUCGCGUCGCCGCCGGGAUGAGACUGGCGCUGAGACGAGCGGAGACGGAGCAGAUGUUACUACUGCGUCCGCUGCUCGUUUGUCCAAGCGCGCUCGUUUGACACACGACACGGAUGUUGCGGCUGCUGCUCCUGCUGGCCGCAGCGGCAUCCCGUGUCCAUCAACGGUCAACCCAUGCCGUGCCGUGCCACCUCUCAUCUGCACUGCUCUUCUCCUCGCCGUCCUCCGCUCCGCUUGUCUUACUUUAACAGGCUUCUCCGCUUAUUACACCCCUCGCUCCUGUGUUCUCCCCCGUCCCGCCAGUUUACCCCCCUUUCUCCCCGCAUCACCCCGCCUUUCCCACCUCUCUUCUUCCCCUCUCUUCCCAACCCGUCCCCCUCCCCCGACCGUCCGCUUUCCCGCUGUCGUUCCGCGCAGGCUGGCCGGCGGAGGCCUCGUGAUAGUGAGCUUCAACGUGAGCGCGGCGGCGGCGGCGGCGGCGGAGGGCGCGGGGGCGAGGAGGGCGCGCGCGGCGGUGCAGUGGGUGUGCCGCGAGGGCGACCCCUGGCAGUGGGCGGACGCUCAGAGCGCGCCGCAAACCGCCGGCUCCAGCAACACCAGGUACCUCCUCCACUGCGCCUCACCUGGCUGCCCAGCCACCAAGUCCUGCGAACGCCUCGCACUGAGCAGCACCGCUCUGCACCACCACCACCACGCGGACUGGCCGCUGCUCGCAGCUGUGGUGUAUCACGGGUCGCACAACCACCCCCGCCCUCCCGCGCGCGCUCCUCCUGCCUCUCGCACCCCUCCCGCUUCUCGCGCCCCUCCCGCCGCUUGCGCCGCGCCGGCUUCUCGUGGGUGCAAGCUGCUGCAGCAGGUGUCGCGUCUGCGAUUCGAGAUGGUGAGCGGAGCGAGCGAGGCGGCGUGGCGGGAGACGCUAGAGGAGGAGGUGGCGGAGGGCGGAGUGCUGGCAGACCUAGCAAACGCCCUCCUUGCUUGCAUCUCCAGUGCUGUCUCUGCCUCGGCGUCUGCCUCUGCCUCUGCUGCUGCUGCUGCUGCUGCUGCUGAUGGUGGUGGUAAUGGUGGUGCCUUGCUGCUGUCACCGCAUCAACCUCCCCCAGUGCGCGGAACGGACGCGUUCUGGGCCCUGCUGCACAGCGUGCUGGAUGCGCUCUGCAGCAUGGCUUCGCGCCUCCCCCGCCCCUCCGCGCCCGGGCGCGCGCGGAACAGCGCGCAGGCGGAGAAGGGCGCGCAGGGGGAGAUGGGCGCGCAGGGGGAGAAGGGCGCGCAGGGGGGGAAGAGCGCUCUGGGGGGGGGCGGAGAAGGGGAUGCGCUGGGGGGGAAGGAGGUGUUGGGUGGAGAAGGGAAGGGGGGAGUCGAGGGGAAGGCGGGGGAGGAGAAGGAAGCAGGGGGUGUGAUUGUGAGAGAGGCGGUGAAAGACCAUCUGAGGGGGGAUGGCGCUGGGAAGAACUCAAUGGAUGUGAUUGUGAUGCAAGGACGCAUAGCAGAAGGGAGUGUGGCGGAUGGUGGAUGUGACGUGGUGGUGGGAAGGCCGCGAGCAGCAGCGCCAGAGGUGCAGCCUCAGCUACAGCCACAGCUACUUUCACAGGUACAUGCUGACAUGGAACGAGUUGAAGCGAACAGAGGAAGCAUGGAGAUGCGAGCACGAGCGGAUGGAGACGUUGCGACGGCAGAGAGACAGACGGGGGAACGAUCAGAUGCAGAACGCUCAGAGGCAGAGAAAGCAGAAAAGACAGACAAGACAGGCAAUGCGGACAAGACAGGCAAUGCGGACAAGACAGGCAAUGCGGACAAGACGGAGACGGUUACAACAAAGGGAGAGCGGAAGGCAGAGGACAAGGAAGAGGAGAACGAAGAGAAGAAGGAAGAGAGGGAUGAGGAGGGGAAGGGAUUCAAAGGAGGGCCAGGACAUGUUGACAAGUCGUUGCGGCUCUCUGGGGAUUGCCUGUCUACUCCAGCCGUGCAGUCAUGCUCCGGUGCUGCUGCUCCUGCUCCUCCUCAGGCUACUGCUCUUGCUCCUGCUGCGGGUGCUGCUGCUGCUCCUGCUGCUGCUCCUGCUGCUGCUGCUGCUGCUGCUGCUGCUGCUGCUGCUGCUGCUGCUGCUGCUGCUGCUGCUGCUGCUGCUGCUGCUGCUGCUGCUGCUGCUGCUGCUGCUGCUGCUGCUGCUGCUGCUGCUGCUGCUGCUGCUGCUGCAGCAGCAUCUGUUACUGCCACUGCAGCUAAAGGCACUUGCGAUGCAAAGAGCAGCAGUGCUGCUGACACAGCCAGCUCAGGCGUCAAACAGUUUCUUUCUGCCCUGACUCUGCACCUGGAUUCAUCGCCGCGUGUAAUUGGCACUGCCGGUGCAGCGCUAGCACAAGCCGAUACCGCAGCUGCAGGCGCAGGAGCAGCAGGAGGAGAAGUGGGUGGUGUGGUGGUGCAUGCAGUGCUUGAGCAGAUGGCUGCUUCUGCUUCUGCUUCUGCAGCUCAAGAGCAGCAGCCGGGCUCUGCAGGGUGUGACAGUGACAGCAAGGGGUUGGGUCAAGUGAAGGUCGAGAGCUGGAGGAGUGCGGAGCUCCAGGGGAUUGACUGGAAGCAUCGGCUUGCUGUUACAGGCACGGGGCUUGCAGUGGGGGGAGGCGGAGUGGGUGGGGGGUGGGGAGAUGGAGGAGGAGGCAGGGAGGAGGUGAGUGGAGAAGAGGACGGAGAAGGGGAGGAGGAAGUCGGGGAGGGGGAAGAUGGGGCAGAGGAAGAUGCAGAUCGCAAAGGGGGGGAGGGCUUGUGUGGUGAGGCCAUGCGGUGUGAUACAGCUUCUGCAAUCGGUGCUUCUGCUGCUGCUGCUGCUGCUGCUGCUGCUGGGUCAGUUCGACUGGGACAGAGCAACAGCAUGUUUGGAGGAGUGGUUGAUCCUGCCGGAAGCUACAUCAACCCAGUGAGCAGUAUAGAAGGAGGAAGAGUGCAACGAGACGCUUGCGCCCAUGCGCCCGUGAGGGGAGUGCACGCACAUGUGCAUGGGACGGGUCCCGUUCGAGCUGGGCGCAACGUGCUUGGGAUCAUGCCCGUUUGCACCGACACCAACGACGCCGAUUCGCACUCCUAUGCCGCUCACCAGCAGCAGCAGCAGCAGCAGCAGCAGCAGUGCCAGGGCAUCAGCAGUCCCACGGGUGCAGAUGGCAGUGCGAGCAGCAGCAGUGGAUCAGCAGCAGCAGCAGCGGCAACGGCAGCAGCGGCAGCAGCCGCGGCGGUGUCGUCGCGACAUCUGCAUCCGGACGGGUGGUCGUGGCGCAAGUACGGGGAGAAGGCUAUCUGUGGCGUGCAACCGGGCAUGCGUGGCAGGGAGUAUUUCAAGUGCACAGUGCUCACCUGCACGGCUCGCAAGUUCUCCCACCGCCUCUCUCUCUUCCCGGCCUUUGCUGUCGCUUGGUACGAAGGCCAGCACAACCACCACCACGCCAUCGCUGCCCCUGAUGCAACCACCAACGCCACCGCCACCGCCACUGCCACUGCCUCUGCCACUGCGCCUGGCUCUGUUGCUGUUACUCCCACCUCUUCUGCUGCUACUGUUGCAGGGGAUUCUGCUUUUGCCGCCGCUUCUUCUCCUUUGGAUCCAGGCACCUGGCAGAGUCAGUUGCGUGGGCUAACCUGGCAGGCUGAGGUUUCACCUGACCAUUCACCUGACGCCCUUGUUGCCCUGGCAGCAGCGGCACUGGGCAACGCCACAGGCAGACACGUGGCAGCUGCUGAUUUGCCGGAGGUUGCAGCGAUGGCUGUGCGUGUGGUGCGGGCGAAUAAGGCAGCUGUGAGUAAGGUGGGGAAGGUGGACAGUGGGGGAGGAGGGCGGGAAGGAGGAGGAGGAGGAUGUGGAGAAGGAGGAAAGGCGGGGGUUAGGGAUUUGAGUGCUGGGGGGAGGGGGGAGGAGAAGGCUAAGGCGAAGAGUGUGUGUGUCGUGAAGCAGAGAGACCUGAACUCCGUUGUGAGUGGGCGGUUGAGAGAGGAGCAGGAUGGACGCGACUGGAGCAGGUUGGUGAAGGCUGAAUCUGCUGAUGCUGCUGGAAGGACAGCCUCUGCUCCCUCUUGUGUCACCAACGCCAGUGCUGCCGCUGCCGCCGCCGCCGCCGCCGCCGCCGCCGCCGCCGCCGCCGCCGCCGCUGCUGCUGCUGCCGUCUCAACACCCAAGAAAGAGGCUAGUUCUUCAGGAGCAGUCCUGAGAGUUGCACGACCACCUGUCGGUGCUUCAACAGCACCAUCUCCAUUUCGCCUUCCCGUUUCUGCUCCUACCAACCCCUACGCUCUCUCUGCUACAGCUGCCGCUGCUACAGCUGCCGCUGCUACAGCUGCUGCGGCUCUGCCUGCUGCCGUUUCAGGCGCUACAGCCUGUGGUGCAAGAGGGGACGCAUUUGAGGGCAGAGGAGCAAGCAUGGAAGGAGGUCGGAGCACGAGGGCGUUGACAGCAGCAGACAGCCUGGCCGUGUGGCUUGCAUCUCUCACCACCACCAACGCCAACGCCAGGAACCCCCCUGGGAACAGCAAUGCUGGCAACGCCGGUAGCAACGCCGGUAGCAACGCCGUCAGCAACCCCAGCAGCGCCAGCAACGGCAGCAAUCAGGCAGCCCGGCUUGCGAGCCUGCUGUGUCGGGACGUGCUUGCAGCCAGGGAAGCAACGCUUGGAACGGUGGGUGGAGGGGCGGUAGUGUGA